GGCACAGCGAACAGCCAGCGACGAUUAUAGUCACUCCGUCAGCGUUGACCUGGGUGAUCUUGAAGCUUGGUGCCGGUGGAAUCUUUGGAGGAGCUGAAGUCAAGUGAAUGCUGCUCGCACCAUGUCCAACAUUCCAAAACACCGUCAGCUUCCGGACAAGGAGAACAGACUGUUCAAGGAGUUGCUAACUCAGUACGAAUACAAGCAAUAUAAGAAAGGCUUGAAAGCUGCAGACACUAUAUUGAAGAAGUUUCCUAAUCAUGGUGAAACCAUUGCUUUGAAAGCAUUGACGCUUCAUUCCUCCUUGCCUUUCCCAAUGACCGUAGCCGGUUUGACGAAACAGGAGGAGGCUGAAUCUUUGGCUAGACUGGCGGUCAAGAAGGAUAUCACGAGUCAUAUCACCUGGCAUGUGUUGGGUAUACUGGCCAAGACGAGAAAGGACUGGGAUGAGGCGACAAGGGCAUUCGCAAUGGCGAGGAAGCAGGACAGUGAGAACAUCCCCCUUAUGCGGGAUUCCAUCGCUCUGUACCUUCACACUCGACAAUUCUCUCAGGCCGUGGCAGCUAGACAUCAGCAUUUACUCCUUCGUCCAACUCUUAGAUCCUCAUGGACGAGCCUGAUCAUCGCUCAUCAUCUCAAUGGCGACAUGACUGAAGGGAUCGAAGUGUACGAUCAGUAUCUCGGGAUCGUGAAGAACGACGGAGCGACAUCUUCCGAAAAGGCACAAUUGUUGAUGCACAUCAUUACCAUGUGUAUGGAAGCGGGUCAAUGGGACGAUGCACUCAGGCGGCUUGAGAACGGACUAAAGGACGGAGUCCUGAGCACGAGAGGCCAGGUUACUCAGCUGAAAGCCGAGAUUCUCAUGCAGCUUGGACGGGAGUCUGAGUCCGAGGAUGUCUGGAGAGCAUUGAUCGAGCAGAAUCCAGAUAAUCUGAGCUAUUAUGAUGGGUUCCUACGCACGAAGGGAUACGAAAUCAGAAAAUCUGUUACCCUCGACUCGACUAGCAAGAUCGUUUCCCUACUCAACUCAUUCGCAGAGAGCUACCCUAAAGCUUUGGCUCCCAGGCGGAUGUGUCUCGAUAUUGCACGUGGAGACGAAUUCCGUGAUCUGGCCCGGGCGUAUCUGGUCAACGGACUGGAGAAGGCCAUCCCAUCAUUAUUUGUCGAUGUCAAGGGACUGUAUGUCGAUCUAGAGAGAAUGAAGAUUGUCGGAGAGAUUGUGGAGGACCUCAUACAGACAUUGGAGAAAGACGCUGGACUCCACGAUGACGAUUCAAAAGCUCCACCCACUGCUUUGCUGUGGGCCUAUUACUUCCUCGCUUUGCAUCUCGCCCACCCAGCUCAUCCAAACCCGUCCUAUGAUAGAUCGUUGCAGCUAUUAUCAACUGCGUUGAAGCACACUCCCACACUACCUGAGAUCUACAUGGCCGAGGCGAUGGUACGCAAGCGAGCGGGUGAUAUUUUGGGAGCAGCCAAAGCUAUGGAAGAGGCUAGAUUACUGGAUGGGCAGGAUAGAUUCCUUAAUUGCAAGGCUGCCAAGUAUUGGUUGCGCGUUGGGGAGGUCGCCAAGGCUGAAGAGUUGACCGCAAUGUUCACCAAGAAAGACAUCGCUACAUCUCAAGAUCUGACUGACUUGCAAUGCCUCUGGUUCUUGCAGGAAGAGGGAGACAGCUACAGGGCGAAUGGCAAUUUGGGAAUGGCCCUAAAGCGGUAUCAAUCUCUUGCGACGACAUUCCAGGACUACGAGGAUGAUCAGUACGACUUCCAUACCUAUUGUCUGCGCCGCAUGACUUUCUCAGCAUAUUACUCAUUAAUGAAGUACGAAGAUCAACUCAGAUCGCAUCCUGCAUAUUUCAAAGCAUCCCUAGCAGCCAUCAACAUUUACACUAGAUUACAUGAUGACCCGAGUCUGAAGGAGGAGAAACUGACUGCAGAGGAAGAGGCAGAGAGAAAGAAGGCGGCCAAAAAGGCUCAAAAGGCGGAGCAGAAGGCUCGUAAAGCGGCCGCAGCAACGGGGGAAGGCAAGAAGGAAGACCAGCCUGUUCCCGACGAAGAUCCUCAGGGAUCCAAGCUGCUGAAGACGGAGACACCGCUCGACGAGGCUUUGAAAUUGUGGAAGCCGCUGGAACUGUUGGCCUCGAGUCGUAUAGAGACUUGGACGACUGGAUAUCAGAUAUAUAUCAGGAAGAAGCUGUACCUCGCUGCGUUCAAAUGCCUUUUACAGGCGCACGACAUCGAUCCACGAGACCCUAAUCUGCACUGGGAAAUCAUCCACUUCAAGCAGACUGUAUCUGCUGUUCCCGAUCUAGCAGAGCCAGUCAAGAUGACAACCGACCAACUCCUCCCGUCCCUGAUUCCCUCCGACGCCGAUCUCGCUGCAUACAAUGCCAAUCUCCUGUCUCAGCAUUCAUCUUCCCCAGCUCAUAUCCUAGGCGCCGCUAAGGGACUCUCUGAACUCGAUACCACUCGACCUAUCCCUAGCUCUUCGCUACAGGCCAUCGAGUCGACACUAAGUCGCUUGGCAGCGCACGAUGUGCCUCCAUCCGUCGCCAUCAUGUCAUCUGCCUUGAAAUUGAUGAAAGAGCUCGGUGCGCCGAUAUCCUCGAUUGAUUCUCUGAGAGAUACUUACAAAUCUCGCGUUCCCCUCGCUUCGGUCUUUGAGAGUGACGAGGAGCUGAAGAGACGUCGAAGAGAGGCCCUGGAAGGAGAAGAGGUGGCCAACGGAGUCAAGCCUGAUCUAUGAGCUCGAGUGGGAGGCAUGAUCAUUUGACCAAUUAGCAUCUGGACACCUUGCAUUGGACAUCUGUGGCAUGC